CGCCCCCUUCAUCACAUUCCCGGGGCGAACCGGAAGAGAUCGCGCCUCCCCUAGUUCGCAGACCCGGAAGUAGAUGUGUCUCACGGAAGCCGGGUUUGGCCCUGCGGCUGCUGCCGUCGCCGCGGAGAAAUUGUUGGAGCUGGCAGCCUAGGAAUGAAUCUCCUCUCAGCCUCUAAGCUCACCUGGUCAGAAUCCUUGGAUGAGCCUGUGGGACCCUUCCUCCUAGCCCUGUGGUUUGGAACCAGUGGCUUUGGGACUGUAAGAGGAUGGACAAAGGUAGUAUGAGGCCAGGCCAGCUCCCCAAACGCUCAGGCGCCAAGCAUCUGCUGAUUCCACCCCGUGCCUGGCACGUAUGUCUUUUCGUCCUGACUGGGCAUUGCCACCUCCCCCUGGGCCAGCACCACCCACGUACCUCUCGGCAGAGGCCACAAUUGACUGACUUGCUGUUGAGCUGCCGCUCUUUGGCACGGCUGCAUUUUGAUGGCAGAGGGAGCAGUUAUGCCCAGAGCCCGGUGUGUCGGCAUCACCAGUCUGACCUGAGCACCAUGUGCUGCACGACAUGACACGUGGCACCGGGAGAACUGCCCAGCGUGGAAGGUCUGGGCCAGAUUCUCAGGGGCUGCUAGAUUCAUCUCUGAUGGCAUCAGGCACUGCCAGCCGCUCAGAGGAUGAGGAGUCGCUGGCAGGGCAGAAGCGGGCUUCCUCCCAGGCCUUGGGCACCAUCCCUAAACGGAGAAGCUCCUCCAGGUUCAUCAAGAGGAAGAAGUUUGAUGAUGAGCUAGUGGAGAGCAGCCUGGCUAAGUCCUCUACCCGGGCGAAGGGAGCCAGUGGGGUGGAACCAGGGCGCUGUUCGGGGAGUGAACCUUCCUCCAGUGAGAAGAAGAAGGUGUCCAAGGCCCCUAGCACUCCCGUGCCGCCCAGCCCAGCCCCAACCCCUGGACUCACCAAGCGCGUGAAGAAGAGCAAACAGCCACUUCAGGUGACCAAGGAUUUGGGCCGCUGGAAGCCAGCGGAUGACCUCCUGCUCAUCAAUGCUGUGCUGCAGACCAACGACCUGACAUCUGUCCACCUGGGCGUGAAGUUCAGCUGCCGCUUCACCCUUCGGGAAGUCCAGGAGCGCUGGUACGCCCUGCUCUACGAUCCGGUCAUCUCCAAGCUGGCUUGCCAGGCCAUGAGACAAUUGCACCCAGAAGCCAUUGCCGCCAUCCAGAGCAAGGCCUUGUUUAGCAAGGCUGAGGAGCAGCUGCUGAGCAAAGUGGGAUCGACCAGCCAGCCCACCUUGGAGACCUUCCAGGACCUGCUGCACAGACACCCUGAUGCCUUCUACCUGGCCCGUACUGCCAAGGCUCUGCAGGCCCACUGGCAGCUCAUGAAGCAGUAUUACCUACUGGAGGACCAGACAGUGCAGCCGCUGCCCAAGGGGGACCAAGUGCUGAACUUCUCCGACGCAGAAGACCUGAUUGAUGACAGUAAGCUCAAGGACAUGCGGGAUGAGGUCCUAGAACAUGAGCUGACGGUGGCCGACCGGCGCCAGAAACGAGAGAUUCGACAGCUGGAACAGGAGCUGCAUAAGUGGCAGGUGCUGGUAGACAGCAUCACAGGCAUGAGCUCUCCUGACUUCGACAACCAGACUCUGGCGGUGCUGCGGGGCCGCAUGGUGCGGUACCUGAUGCGCUCCCGAGAGAUCACCCUGGGCAGAGCAACCAAGGAUAACCAGAUUGAUGUGGACCUGUCUCUGGAGGGUCCGGCCUGGAAGAUCUCCCGGAAGCAAGGUGUCAUCAAGCUGAAAAAUAAUGGUGAUUUCUUCAUUGCCAAUGAGGGUCGGCGGCCCAUUUACAUCGAUGGACGGCCUGUGCUGUGUGGCUCCAAAUGGCGCCUCAGCAACAACUCCGUCGUGGAGAUCGCCAGCCUGAGAUUCGUCUUCCUCAUCAACCAAGACCUCAUUGCCCUUAUUCGGGCCGAGGCCGCCAAGAUAACGCCACAGUGAGGAGUGGUGGCGGGACCCGUGUGCUCUCUCUGGCCUCCGGUUCCCCUGCCAUUCCAGCCCCUAGGAGCUAGGAACUCAGGCUCCUGGAAAAACCAUGGUGGGCAGGAGGAGACCCAACUGGCCCAUUGAUCUGAGCCUCUGUGGGAGGGCAGGGCUGGUCCUUGGGAAGCUCCUCGAGGCUGGAACCCUCCGGCUUCCUUAGAGCCAGAGCCCCUCCCCUUCUCUCUCUGCAGACCACCCUCCUCUGCCCCUCAGAUUCCCACCUUUUCCCUUUGUCUCCAGCUGAUUGGCUUCAGACUUUUCCUUUAUUAUUUUUCUUUUGUAAAUAAAAAGCACCGAGUUCCAAAGUA